UAAUUCUGCUCGGUUCCAGCAGCUUCCUUCUUUGUGCAUGUGAACUUUGUCAAUGUUCUUGUCCACUUUCACUGUAUGAAUGAAAUGUUGGAGUAAUUUUCAGUAUUAUUUUGGUGCAGGCUUGUAUCACUACCAGUGGGAGAGACAGAUUUCUCUAGACUGAGGAAAUAAUUUGAAAAUGCUUUAUCUCUCUGAAGAUUCAUUAUAUUACUUUCUCAAUCUUAAUCCUUUGAUGAAAAUACAGUAACUUUCUCAGAGUAUCUUUGUUACAGUCACACAAAUGCACGUACUUGUGACUCCUAAAUACAAUGAAUACAAUGUCACAGAACGUUUUAAGAGCUCAGAUCAGUAUCUUAAAAGGGUUUACUGUCCUCUUUUUUAAUUCUUUUCCUGAUUCAACAAAUGAGAAACUGGAAUUAUUUACAGAAGAACCUUCAAUGUUCCUAACUUCAAUGUCCAAACUUAUUUGUGGCAUGAAUAAUCAGAAGUAGAGCCUCCAGAAUCAUGUGUGUGUUGGACUAGUGUAUCCGUUCUGCAGUAAAAGAAGCAGACUAAUUUGGCAGAAUUCACGGGAGACUGGUAGGACCUGCAAAACUGGACUUGAGGAGAGCAAGUGAACAAUUUGGUCGUAUUCUAGAGAAGGGGUAGGGCAGAAAUCUUAGUAGCAGUUCAAGGAAGGAAAGGAAUGUAAAGUGGUUCAAGGAAGAUUUAGGCUAUAUAAUACAACAAUAUGUUCUAGCAGAUUGUCAAAGUGAACAUACUCGAUAUUUUUGGACAUUGGUUCUGUUGAACUUGAUUUUCAGGCCUAUGAAACUAAAAAUUUUCCUUUUUCCUUUUAACAGAUCAUUAUGUUCAAGGGCAUAUUUCUUUACAGAUCAGGAAAUAUGACAUACAAACAUCAGUUUCACAAUUGCAGUGUGAUACUUCCUUGUUUAUAAAUUAGGUAGUGCAUUUCUUCUAGAUCAGGAAUGCAUGUUAGCAUUUCUGAUGACAAGGAAGAGGAGAUGAUACCCACUAUGGAAUUUAUUCAUAUUUUUCAUAGGAAAAUUGUGAAUCCCAUGGUUUUCCUAGUGUAGAGAUGCACUGCUAAUACAGCCCAGGGAAGCUGUCAUGUAACUGAGAGAAGGUGAAACAGUCACUCUAGUCAUGUUUAAAUGUAGUCAAAGCUCAUUGUGUGAAGUUAUUUGGGCCUUCUUCAGUUACUUUUACCCAGCACGUCAAAAGGGUGGAUGGAGGGAGUUCCUUUUAUGGUUGGUGUUUCAAACCGUUCCUGUAGUGUCUGCCUGUCACAGAAAAUCAGUAGUAACUGCAUACUACCCAUAAAGUCAUGUGUAUAUCUGGUACUUAAAUUCCAGAGUCAAAAUCCCAGGAGGAUUAAGUUGAACUUCAUGUUUCUUCGGGGUAUACAGGGUGUGGAUUGAGAGGAGCCUUGUGGGGAGGUCUCUGCUUGAAGAUCAAGUUUUAGGAACAACAGGGAUUGUCAGAGAUGGGAAUGCAACAAAUAAAUUGCCUCUGAAGGCUGUGGCUAACAUAGCGUGUCAGAAGUAAUCAGUUUCUGAAGCAAUGCCAAAGAAAAUACAAGAGUUUGUGUGUUGCUAUGAAAGCAUCUUUAUGUCUCUGUGGUUUUCUUACCCUCAUUCCCUGGCAGGUGUUGUGAAAUUAGGAAGGAUUCUGGUGACUUUGUUGGCUGCUUGGUGCUUGGGAUACUUACUCGCUGCUCUUUUAACCCAAAAGACAAUAACACCUAUGGCUAAUCUUCAAGACAUUGGAAAGAAACCAGUGUUGAGGGCUCCAGUCCCAAAAAGACAGAAAUGUGAUCACUGGUCUCCCUGCUCACCAGGGAGCUAUGCCUAUCGGAUUCUUAGUGGCGGUGGCAAAGAAAAGCUGGCUAAAAUUUGUUUUGAGGAUGAGCUGCUUAUAAGUGAAGAGAAGGGUAAUGUUGGAAGAGGUAUAAACAUUGCCAUUGUGAAUUAUAAAACAGGAAAAGUUACAUCAACAAAAUUUUUUGACAUGUGGAAAGGAGACCACUCAGGAGAGAUGAUGGCUUUCAUUAAAAAUGCUCCAGAAAAGUCUCUCCUUCUGAUGGUGACUCAUGAUGAUGGAAGCACCCGGUUGAAAAAUGACGCCAAAAAGUCAGUAGAAGAGCUGGGAAGUAAAGAAAUAUGGAAUAUGAAGUUCAGGUCAAGUUGGGUUUUUAUAGCUGCCAAAGGCUUCAGGCUGCCAGAUGACAUCCAAAAAGAAAAGAUAAACCACUCUGACCGCAAGAAGAACAGAUACAAUGGGUGGCCUGCUGAAGUCCAAAUAGAAGGCUGUAUCCCAAGAAAUCUGAUCUGAACAAAUGAAUACCUCAUUAAUAAAGAUGAUUCUCUAUUUUUGUAUCUAUGACUUUAGGAAAUUGCCUGCAGAACCCAAUAAGCAUCUGAACACUAAUUGUAAAAUAAUGAUGUACAGUUUUAUGCGUUUCUUUCCUCUGUGAGGUUUUACUCUAAUCUGAAAACAAAUAGCUAUUUUGAUAAUAUGUGGAAAUAAAGUACUUUGGUUUGGAGUGUUCAAAAAGUCAGUCAUAAAAUAGCAGGAUUUUUAAAAGUGAGUAUACAUUGUCAUUAGUAAUUUUAGGGUUUUAAUUUUGUUUGGUUGGUUUUAGUACGUGUUUUCCUUAGCUUCCUUUUAAAGACUAAUAUGCAAAUAAAACUUAAUCUAAAUUGUAAUAUAAAAUCACUAGCAAUGAAGUCAUUUUUUAUGUUU